AAAGGCAACAUGGAAAAUGACUUCAACAUCAGCAAAAAUCUAGUCCUCCUGGGACUCAUGGAGAUGGAAGGACUUAAAUAUCUGUACUGUGUCCUGUCUAUUGUCCUAUAUUCAUUCAUUCUGCUCUUAAGUAUUGUUAUUGUCUUUGUCGUAUUCACAGAUACAAGGUUACAUGAACCCAUGUACAUCCUUAUAUGUAAUCUGGUCCUCAAUGGAAUUUUUGGCAGCUCAUUAUUUUUCCCAAAGCUGAUAGUUGACCUUAUCACCUCGUCCACGUCCAUCACUCAUGGUAACUGUGCUAUUCAAUCUCUGUGUGUGGCUUUCUUUGCCCUCUAUGAAAUGAGCACUUUCACCCUUAUGGCGUUUGACCGAUAUUUGGCUGUUUGUCACCCUCUACACUAUGGCACAAGGAUAACUAAUGAGAAGGUCAUCAACCUCAUCAUUGGAUCAUUUGUAGUGGCCUUCAUUCUUGUACUCACAGCCGUGCUCCUCACAUGGAAGCUUCCUCUGUGUGGAAACAGAAUAAACAAUAUAUUUUGUGACAAUAUGUCUAUGAUUGUCCUCUCCUGUGUGGACUCUUCCAUCAGUCAAUUCUACUCCGCUUCUGGGGUCAUCAUCUACUUGUGCGUUACCAUCUUUGUCACUAUUUUCUCCAAUCUGCAUAUAUUUUUUGUCUGCUUGAAACUCUCUGGAGAAUCCCGCCAUAAAGCUGUCCACACUCUGGUCACCCAUCUACUCAACUUUUCUAUCUUUUUGAUUGGCUUCUUAUUUGUUUUCAUCAGGUACCGGCUGGGCAGUGUUAAGCUCCCAAUUACUAUCCACAUUCUUCUCUCUGUCACUUCUCUUAUCAUUCCCCCAUUGUUCAACCCCUUGAUCUAUGGAUUUCGGACACGUGCCCUGAGGAUGAGGAUUGUUCAGGACUUACAAUGGCUGAAAUGGACUAAAACACAUAUGCAAUCUAGACCUAUAUCUGUCAUAAGUUAUAAUCAGAGCCAAUGA